GAAAUAUUGGUGCUCCUUCCAUCUUGGCAGUACAAGAAAAACUGAGCAGCCAACUCUUGUCACUUUGCAUGCAUUGCUGGCAACUGCAGUAGCUUUACCAAAAAAUUGAGCAUGACAUCUACAGACAGGAGAACACAACUAUGGAUUUGAACUUGAUGCCGGAAGAGGAGGAUGAACCUCAACAAGAAGAACAAGCUCAACAGGUUGACACUAUUGAUUUGAACUUGAUGCCGGAAGAUGAGGAUGAAGCGCAACAAGGUGAUGUUAUGGAUUUGAACUUGAUGCCGAAAGAGGAGAAUGAAGCUCAACAAGGUGGCGCUAUGGAUUUGAACUUGAUGCUGGAAGAGGAGGAUGAAGACAUUGAAUUGAAUUGGCUUCCCGAAGAGGAAGAAGCUCAAGAAGAUGUAGAAGUGGAAGAAGCUCAAGAGGCUAAGAAGAUGCAGAAGUGGAAGAAGCUCAAGAGGCUCAAGACGAUGCAGAAAUGGAAGAAGCUCAAGAGGCUCAAGAAGAUGUAGAAGUGGAAGAAGCUCAAGAGGCUCAAGAAGAUGUAGAAGUGGAAGAAGCUCAAGAAGAUGCAGAAGUGGAAGAAGCUGAUGCACAAGGCAAUUCAAGUAGGAAGGACCUAUUAGACAAGGAGAGGUUUGCUGUUUACUUUGCUCUGCGAGUAAUUGAGCUUAA